AAUUAUAUUUUCACAAAUUAUUUUAUAUAAAAAAUUAAUUCUGUUAACCGGAUUCACUAUUAAUUAUAAAUUGGUGAAAAACUUUCAUUAUAUGUUGAUUUUUAGGCUAAUUCUAUGGCUAUGUGGUCGAUAACUCCGUGAGUUAUGUUUUUAUAGAGUCUAUUCGAUCGCCUCUUAAAUAUCAAAAAACUGUAGGUUUUUAAUAUACGAGUUGAACAAAAAGCUACUAAAAUGGCGUUUGCUGGCCUCAAAAAGCAAAUUAAUAAAGCUAAUCAGUACAUGACUGAGAAAAUUGGCGGGGUCGAAGGAACAAAGCUUGAUGUGGAUUUUGUGGAUAUGGAAAGGAAAACUGACGUUACUUAUGAGUUGGUUGAAGAACUUCAAAUGAAAACCAAAGAAUUCCUGCAGCCAAAUCCUACAGCUAGAGCUAAAAUGGCAGCCGUCAAGGGUAUAUCGAAACUCAGUGGUCAGGCAAAAGCCUCUACAUAUCCACAAGCCGAAGGUACCCUUGGCGAUUGUUUACUUAUGUAUGGUAAGAAGCUUGGCGAUGACAGUCUAUUUGGCCAAGCACUGCAGGAAAUGGGAGAAGCGCUUAAGCAAAUGGCCGACGUAAAGUACGCACUAGACGACAAUACCAAACAAAACUUUCUUGAACCAUUACAUCAUUUACAAACCAAAGAUUUAAAAGAAGUGAUGCACCAUAGAAAGAAACUGCAAGGAAGGAGACUAGAUUACGACUGCAAACGUAGAAAACAAGCAAAAGGUUCACAUGUUAGUGACGAGGAACUAAAACAAGCCGAAGAAAAAUUUGCAGAAUCGUUGCAUAGCGCUCAGAUAGGAAUGUUUAACUUACUCGACAACGACAUAGAACAAAUAUCUCAGUUAACCACAUUUGCAGAAGGUCUUCUUGAAUACCAUCAACAGUGUACCGAAAUUCUAAAAUUGGCAGUUAUGGAAAUCCAGGAAAAGCGCGAUCAAGCUGCCAGCCGCCCAAAACUAGAAUUUGUGCCUAAGACUUUGAAUGAUCUACAUCCAGUGGAUGUUAUCGCAGACGACAUUAAUGACGAGUACGAGUUGAUGGAACCACAGCUCGCACACGUCAAAGGUAGUUCACGAGCUUCAUCCCCGACUCACGCAAAGACUAACACGCUGGAAUUAACGUCUGGAGCAAACCAUCACGAUAACCAGCAUCAACAACCACAUCACAAUGCAUCUCCAGUUUCUUCUCCAAUUAAGUCGGUUCAACGGCAAAUACCACGCAACUCGCCUUGUUGUACCGCGUUAUACGAUUUUGAGGCCGAGAAUCCAGGAGAAUUAGGAUUUAAAGAGGGCGAGACUAUAAUACUACUAAACAGGGUCGAUGAAAACUGGUUUGAAGGCAGUACGAACGGCCGUACCGGAUACUUCCCGGUCACAUACGUACAAGUCGUCGUGGCGCUGCCCUAAGCAUCACAACUUUACUGCCAUUGACGAAGACUACGACACCAAACAGACCGCGACGCCAACUCUUCACCUCCCGCGUAAGACUUGUUUAAAAAAAAAACCCAUCAUAAUAAUAUGUAUUAUGUUAUGUAAUUUCGCCCACAAGCCUAUAAAAUUCCAAUACGCAUCAUCUGCAGGUAUACCGACGACAUUAACACAUUAUUAUAAUAAUAUAUUUACAAUGAUAUUUGUAAUAAUAUGAUGUAUUAACCGAUUUACUCGUGUUUGUGAGAUGACGCUGUCGUAAAACUUACAUUUAUUUUAAUCCCCUUACAAUAAAUAAAAUGAUAGAAACAGAAGAAAAAUUAUCAAUAUUAUAAGUAUUUAUAACACACUUUACUCGUUAAUUCCAUUCGGUUUUGUUGUUUUUAGGUGUGUAUUGUUCUUCUAAUAUUACUUUAACUACUACUAUAAUACUACUAUUACUAUUA